UGGGUGGCACACUGGUGUAGGUGUUCGUGAACUUCACUGGUAUGGCUGUGCUGGACCCGGAAGCGACCCGUUUGGAGGAGCGCUAAGAUGCACACAGCUGCGCAUUGUUAUGUACGGACUGAAAUGGCAUAGGGGAGGAGUUAAAAACACGAAAAACAGGACUGUAAAUAAAUGGUCCUGGGGGGACGGCUCUCUUCGUGCAGGAAGAAUCGAGUGUGGAAGAAGUCGACUGGUCUGGAAGCUGGUUGGAGGAGGUUAGCUACACGGGAGAGUUAAUGCCAACAUGGCAGGAGACGGCAAAGGCCCAGGAACAGGUGGCGAAUUCAAGAGAGAAGCGCAGAGACAGAGUGAAGUAAACAAGAAGCUAAAGUACUUCAGCUUGGCCAUCCUGGUGGUCCAGAAUGCAUCUCUCAUCCUCAGCAUCCGCUAUGUGCGCACGUUGCCUGGGGAUCGCUUCUUCGCCACCUCAGCCGUAGUCAUGGCAGAAGUGUUGAAGGUCCUCACCUGCCUAGUCAUCAUUCUGUUCCAGAAAAGAGGGAAUGUGAGGGAUUUCAUAAUACUUCUUUAUGACUCCAUCGUCAUUCAGUAUUUGGAUACGCUAAAACUGGCAGUGCCGUCCCUCAUUUACACUCUGCAGAACAACCUUCAGUAUGUUGCCAUCUCCAACCUGCCCGCAGCCACCUUCCAGGUGACAUAUCAGCUGAAAAUCCUGACCACAGCCCUUUUCUCAGUCCUGAUGUUGCGGAAGAGCCUCUCUCGAGUGCAGUGGGUCUCCCUGGUUCUGCUGUUUGCUGGUGUUGCCAUUGUGCAGGUGGAGCAAGAAGGGAAACAGAAGGAGACAUCUGUUGCAAGCACAAGUCAGAACUAUGCCAAAGGCCUUGUGGCCGUGGUCGUGUCAUGCCUGUCCUCAGGGUUUGCUGGGGUGUACUUUGAGAAGAUAUUGAAGGGCAGCUCGGCCUCUGUCUGGAUGAGGAAUGUGCAACUGGGAAUCUUUGGCACAGCCUUGGGCUUGUUGGGUUUGUGGUGGAACGAUGGUGCUGCCGUUACCGAGAAGGGCUUCCUGUUCGGUUUCACACCCAUGGUGUGGGGUGUGAUCUUCAAUCAGGCCUUUGGGGGCCUGCUGGUGGCUGUGGUGGUGAAGUACGCAGAUAACAUCCUGAAGGGUUUCGCAACGUCCUUCUCCAUCAUCGUUUCAACUGUCACCUCUGUCUACCUCUUCGGGUUCCACGUGGACCUCCUCUUCACGCUGGGUGCUGGUCUGGUCAUAGGAGCAGUCUACAUGUACAGCCUGCCCAAAGCGGUUGUGCACUCCUCCUCCUCCUCCUCCGCUUCCACUGUCUCUGCUUCUGCCCACAACAGGAGCCAUUUGUCCAACGGUGACGGAGAUUCGGAAAGAGACGAUUUCCUCCCAAAGUUCCCAGAAAAAGAAAAGGGAAACUAGGAAUUUUCUAGACACAUGAUGGAAAGCUCGGAAUUUCAAGAGAAGACUUCACUCAACACUCCAAGGCCACACCAAAGAAUUCCAAGAACGAGUGUUCAUUUGUAUGUGCCUUCAACUGUUUGUCAAUAUACAGUGUUUCUAUGCAGCAAUUUUCGAUGACUGUUUUGCAGAUAACAUUCUAACUACCUUUCAUAUCAGAUGCAUGCAGUGUGUACGGUUUUAUGAAAUGCUGGAACACUAAGGAUCUACCA